AGUCCUCUAAUAAAGAAAAGUCGAGCAUCUAUAGCAGCCAACCGCCCACUUUUAUCAGAAAAAGGUUCUCGGCCUCACUGCUGGUGCUGGUGUCCUGGGAAGAUCCUCGAUUUACUUUGAGCUCCAGGUCGUCGUCCAUGGAGGAGGCCAAGAGGAGGCCGCGCGGCGUGCUGGACCUGGAGGCGCAGUUCGCCUUCUUCCGUUCGCAGCACCGGCACCCGGUCAACGCCGCCGCGCACGCGCUGCUCGCGGGCCCCAUCCUCUUCGGCAGCCUGCUCAUCCUCUACUUCCUGCCCCUGCCCUCCCCGCUCGACCCGGCCCUCGCGCUCUCCCUCGCCUACGGCGCCGCCUACCUCGCCGUCGACCGCCGCGCCGGGGCCCUCGCGGCGCUCCUCCUCCUCGGCGCCUGGGCCGCCAGCCGCGCCCUCGCCGCCCGCCUCGGCUUCGCGCUCGCGUGGAAGGUCGUGCUGGCCACGGAGCUCUUCUGCUGGACCUGGCAGUUCCUCGGCCAUGGACUCUUCGAGAAGAAAGGGCCAACGGUGAGUGAACUUCCGGCGGUGUUCCUGAUGGAGCCAUUCCUCAUCCUGCUGCAGAUACUCAACAAGCUGUUUGGCUACGAGCCAUACCCUGGAUUCAGCAAGAACGUGGAUAAGAAGAUGGAGGCUGAUCUCAGUGAGAGCAGAGAGCUCGAGCAGAGGAAGAUCAACUAAUUGGACAUGCUCAGGUUGAUUCAUAUAUAAGUAGCAAAGUGUGUGUGCCUACCAUUUGUGAUGUUUAUGCAUGCUGUCUUAGAUAUUUGUAGAAUAAAGUGAACAGCCGAACUUUCUGUACACGAUGAUAUUGUGCUAUUGAAGCUUCUUUUCCCAGUCGCCGGGAAGAAGAUGCAUCCUGGCUGAAGGUUUGCAGCUCCAGAUUUCA